AUGCGACCCGAGGCCUUCUUUGGCGUUUGCAUCGAGCCAAAGUUCAGCGUCUACAGGAUCUGCACCGUGGAGAAAGGGGAAACGCAGCCAACCGAGUACGAUCCGGGACCGUCGGACUUUGGUGGUUUCGAUAUCAUAAAUACCAAGUCAACUUCGAUCGCCGAGCGCCGACCAGUCAUAUCGUCCGAGGAGAACUUUGCUUUGGAUCUCAGUAUGGCGGCUUUUGCGGUAGAGAGCACCAACGCGGCGCCGGACAUCGUACCUCUAAGCAUGCCUUUGCUAUCCGAUGCUCAGGGACCAACAUAUGACCUUUUGAGCUUUUACAUUUCCCGGACGGCUCGGAGUAUGGGGAAUGGGUCUACCGAGACUAAUCCUUUCGUUUCCCAACUGAUCCCCCUGGCGUUCGCGAACAAAUUCAUACUAGGUCUGGUCCUGUGCCAGAGUGCUGUGCAUCGGGCAACAGAGGAUACUAGCCAAUUUGCAGUUGCUCAAACGUACUACAACAAGUCGUUACGAUCAUUCCGCCAAUCGAUCGAUGAGUAUAUCAGCGGUCAAGAGGUCAGCCCGCUGUGGCUGGCUUUGGGCGCUUUGAUCAUGUGCUUUACAGAGACUGCCAAGGGCGAUUUGCACGGUUCAAUUUUUGACCACAUUGAGGCAGCGGGCCCUUUAUUGUCACGUCUGAUGACGCACUCGGCGAACCUACCAAAUGACCUCAAGAACUUCAUUGUCGAGUACUAUGUUGACCUAGUGACUAUUAGCAUGAUAUCAGUGGACCCCAGCUUUGGGUCAACUCUUGUCUUGGACUCUCAGUUUGAAGUAAUGGCGGAGGCAAUGGUCAAGGACGGCUACGUAGGACAGCUGUGUGGUACCUGGCUGGAACUACUUUUGCUAGUUCCCCGGAUCUUCGACUUUGCGCGGCUGUCAACCUCUACCAUGGCAGCCGACAGAUUUAUAGUCUUCUCCGACUUGCAGAGUCGGAUCGUAUCCUUCACACCAUCAGCACCAAACCCCCCCGAAUCCGUGCUCUGUGGUUACAUCUUCAAGCAUGCCGUCCAUAUCCUCCUCUUGACUGCAUUAAACUUGGGCCACAGUCCCGAAGGGCAAGCCAAACAGCAUGUUGACAACUGCGUAACGGAAGCGUUUGAGGUUCUGCUUCAGCUACCCCCUGACGCGAGAAUCAACACCAGUCUUUGCUGGGCUAUGGCCGUCAUCGGCAGCUGCGUCUGUGAUGAUAUCAGGCAAACCGAAUUGAGUAACCGGCUUACCGCCAUGUAUGUAGCAGUUGGACUGGGCAAUAUUCGCGCUACGCGUAUCCUUCUGCAAAAGAUAUGGAAACUUCCUCUGACGGAACGAACUCCAUGGAUCAUUAGUCGGGUCAUGCGCGAGAACGAAAUAUGGAUAUCAUUCGUCUGA